AUGGAUGACCCAGCAACUCGUCUGCCUGGGCAGCUGAUCCCUCACAUGCACCUUGUCUCGCGACAUGCCUUCCCUAAUAUGCAUAUGAUGCCGACCGAGACAGCUGUUGAAUAUUUGACUACCGCACCCCGAACUUGUACCCAAAAACCCGUCCAUUGGACCUUUUUGGAUGGACCCCCCGACGGUACAGUAAUGCUUACAUGGCAGCCAAUGAACCAGCUAGGCAAUAACUUUGCUAGCGACGGCUACGUCUGGGCUGAUGUAGAGCAAGCCUUUACCUUUGAAUCGCGAGGAUACACUGUUGAGAUGUACCUCCAUCGCAGUGGCUAUCAUCCUCCAAAUGAGAGCGUAGCCGCCCACUGCCGCAAGCGCUAUCGCAUUGUCUCCUCCAAGCUUCCGAACGGCCCUCAGAUAGAUCCAGCCCUUUGGAUUGUUCACUACUCACGUGCUCCACCAAACGAUCAUGUCCCCGCAAAUCGCAUUCCAGUCACACCUCAGGUGCAAAACAUCAUGGGCCAGCGACGCUUCCUCCAGAGCCAAGGUCAAUUGGCUCGUAAGGAAUUCAUGUUGCAUGACCGGGCCAACUGGCCAACCAUCAACUUCCCACCGCAGAUGACCCCUCAGGGAUUCCCUCAACCCCAAGCUGCGUAUGCAAAUGCCGGACAGGUCCGAACUGGAAGCUAUCCACCCCAAGCACACCCACAUGCUGCUGCCCAGGCCCAGGCUGCGGUAGUCGCAGCUGCAGCCAACAAACCCCAGCGCCACCGUUCUUCAGUAGCCAUUAAUGCAGCUGCUGAUUUUGCAUUGGAGGAUGAGGAUGUGUCGAGCGGUGAUAUGAUGGAUCAUCUGACACCUCGUGAAGUCAGCAAGAUGCGAUAUGUACAGCACCACGAGUGGGCAGAAGAGCUAUUUUCGUCACCGUAUGCCAUCUCACAGAUUAUUCCAGUCUCUUUGGGAUUAGGUCGUAAGGGCGAACUGGAGUCGCUGACCAGCGGAUUCUUCGAUGCCCCUGUCGGCAUUCCGACAGGCAAGGAAGGAGAUGAUGUUCCGGAUGCCACCCACUUGGAGCCUGCGAAGGCUGAAGAGUUCGCUGCCCGCGUCACCAAAAAAGUAGACGAUGUGACCGCUGAGAUCAAGCAAUUGAAGAAACAACACGCACGCCGAAUGGAGCGCUUCAACCGAAGCUCUCUUUUCAAGGAUGCAGAAUUGCGGCUUCGAGACGCCGCAGCUGACCCGACUGAGACAGGUGUAGAGAUUUGGAGACUAGAGGGCCGAGUGACUAUUCCUGCCGAGGACGGCGAGACCCCACAGGUGGAUUACCUGGAGGAGAAAGCCAAGUUUAAGGUCGACGAUGUCGUUCGCGAUGUCGAGGCUGCCUGGAAGAAACAGAUCAUGCCCUCACCGAAGGUCUCAUGUGUGGAGAAGGGAGGUCUCUUGGAGAAGAUCGAGCCAGAGCACAAGGAUGAUGAUGCCUUUGUGAAUGACAUGGUGAUGGAUGACUCUCACCUUCUGAACCAAUUUGGCAGCCCUGGAGGAAACGCAGCCAAUAUCACCGGUGACGUUGACAUGGUCAUGAAUGAUCAAAUGCACCAUGUUGGCGAGAAUAACGACUGGGUGAUGGUGGAUAAUGAACAUAAACACCCUGGCGUAGGAGCUACAGACACCAGUCUAGAGGGCGCCAACUUCGACUUCACCAACAUUGAUAGUGCUGGUGAUGCCCUUGCGGCCUACACCGAACAGAAUGAUGGACUCGAUCUCCCUGAUCUAGAUAACUCGGCUUUUGGUGAUGCUUUCCAUGCUUCGGACAAUGGAGACUCUCACAACCUCGAUGUGGACGACAUGUCUUAG